AUGGUUUCGGGUUUCGUUUCGGGCGUUCAAGGACAUAUCAUCUCAAACAAGUUCGUGGUUUUAGCGAAAGUGCGGCACUCGCAGCGCAUGAAUGAGGCCUUGAUACCAAUUUGGAUUAUUACCGAAAUGGAUGGGACAAUCAACUGCGCUCAUUGUUUGGGAUGCAACGCGGGAUUAGCCGAGUCAUGCUCCCAUAUAGCCAGCGUGCUUUUUUAUCUCGAGACCUGGACGACGUUAAAUAGACGGCUAUCGUGUACUCAAAUGAAGUGCUCCUGGAUACUACCAAACUUUGCAAAAGUGGUUGAAUGCGCCAGGUCAGAGACAUAA